AUACCCCUGCGGGCUUCUCGCGUAGCCAUGGCCUCUGGCCUCGGGCCCCUCGGUGGGCGCCCCCGUGCGCAGAUGCCUCACCUAAGCAAGAUGGAGCGGGUGGUCGUGAGUAUGCAGGACCCUGACCAGGGCGUGAAGAUGCGGAGCCAGCGACUUCUCUUUACAGUCAUUCCGCACGCGGUGACCGGCAACGCCAUCGUGGAGUGGCUAAUCCAGAAGUACUGCGUCUCAGAGGAGGAGGCCCGGCACCUGGGCGUCCUCCUGGUGCGGCAUGGCUACCUGUACCCACUGCGCGCCCCCCGCAGCCUCGCGCUUCAGCUUGAUGAGACACUCUACAGGUUCCAGACACCCUAUUUCUGGACGAGCACUCUGUGGCCAGCUGCCGAGCUGGACUACGCCAUCUACCUGGCCAAGAAGAAUAUCCGAAAGCAAGGGGUCCUGGUCGACCAUGAGAAGGAGCACUAUGACCAGCUGCACAGGAAGAUCAACCACACGUGGGACCUGGUAGUGAUGCAGGCAAGAGAGCAGCUGCGGGCAGCUAAGCAGCGCAGGAAGGGGGACAGGCUGGUCAUUGAGUGCCAGGAGCAGACGUACUGGCUGGUGAACAGGCCCCCGCCUGGGAUCCCCAGUGUGUUGGAGCAGGGCCCAGAGCAGGGCUCCUGCAUUGCCAGGCUCCAGCAGAUGACCAAGAACACAGAUUUCUACAAGCGGGAGAUUGAGUGCUGCGGAAAGGCCCUGGGCAGGAUCCGGGUGAAGUCCUCUGUCUGCCUUGAGGCGUACCUGAAGUUCAGCAACCAGCAUGGCCCGCAUGAUCCCAUCAUGUCGGGGUGCCUGCCCAGCAACCCUUGGAUCACAGAUGAUGACACCUACUGGGCCAUGAACGCACCCAGCGUGGCUGCACCCACGAAGCUCCGUGUGGAGCGCUGGGGCUUCAGCUUCCGGGAGCUCCUGGAAGACCCUGUGGGACGGGCCCAUUUUAUGGACUUUCUCAGGAAGGAAUUCAGUGCCGAGAACCUCAGCUUCUGGGAGGCAUGUGAGGAGCUGCGCCACGGAGGGCAGGCCCGGGUCCCCACCCUGGUGGACUCCGUGUACCAGCAGUUCUUGGCCCCUGGUGCUGCCCGCUGGGUCAACAUCGACAGCCAGACGAUGGAGCGGACCCUGGAGGGCCUGUGCCGGCCCCACCGCUACGCGCUGGAUGAUGCCCAGCUGCACAUCUACAUGCUGAUGAAGAAGGACUCCUACCCGAGGUUCCUGAAGUCGGACAUGUACAAAACCUUGCUUGCGGAGGCCAUGACACUCCCGGAGACAAAGAGACGAGUGUUCCCGUUCAUGUGGAAGCCACGGCAUUCGAGCUUGAGCCCUGCUCUCCUUCCUGCUUCUGCUUCUGGGGAACCUGCAGCUGCUGCUGGUGGCCCUGGGGGUGGUGAUGGGGAGGCAUAGGUGGGCCUGGGCCUGGAGGAGGAGGCACCCUGACCAUCCUUGCCCCUCAUCAGCCUCGUCUCGCCCAGGCAGCUGCUGAGACCCCCAGCAUGGGCAUCCCCUAGUGCACAGAGGGUCUGGCCUUGCUGUGGGGCACGAGUCCCUCAGACUUUACAGAAGAGACCAGUCCAGGUACUGACUACCAGGAAAGAGCUGUCAUUGGCCAAGCUUGUGUCCCUUGGAGAUAGGUGGGACGAGAUAGGCAAACCAUGAUGUAGUCUUCAACGGGCUC